AAGUUCACCUGGGAACGGGAGUUGGCCUAGCGAGACCCAGAGAGCAGGAAGGCUGCAGAUUACCGUGAAGUGUCCUAGAUGUUGCAAAGGCACUGGAUGUGGGAUGCCAUGCCAGCCUCCCGAAUACGGCCAGGAGAUCAUGUCUCCCUGCACUGCCAGCAUUGCUCAAAUAGUAGACUCGCCACAGCUUGAUCUUUUACCAGCCGCCGUCUCGAGCCUUCUUUUUUUUGUCAGGCUGUUGGUUGUAUUAUGAGGACCAGUGGCUCGCUUUCGAUGUUUUCUGGUGAUUGAUCUUCUCCCCUUGAGGAACAUAUUUCUCGUCAGCGGACCCCACGGUUCCGUCAGCAGAGAUUGCGGUGCUGUUACCAGAGUUAGCCGUGCCGUCAGCACACGUUGCCGUUCCGUCAGCAGAGCUUACCGCUCCGUCAGCAGAUGUAACCGCCAGCCUCUGCGUAGUGGAUGAUCAAUAGAGUGCCGUUUGAUCGGUAAAACCUAAUCAGGAUCGCAGGAUAUUAUCAUAUCCUGCCACGUGUCAGGAUACUAUGUUUUCGCCAAACGACAUUCCCCCAGCUUUAGAAACUGUUCCAACGUUCCGCCCUCCGCCAUCCGCGGAACCAGCGCAGACAACAUCUGCGCUCAACGAGAUUCCCCCGUCCCUCGAUACAGUACCCACCUUCCGCCCUCCCCCUUCCGCAAACGAAGCAGCGCAGAGCGCAAGCCCGCACGACCAGGUUCCGCCGUCCCUCGAGACAGUCCCCACCUUCCGCCCGCCCCCAGCCGACGGCGCUUCGUCGAUAGUUAAUCUCGCCGCGUCUUCCGCCGGCUCGUCCUUUAGAUUAUUCUCCUCUCAGGAAGAUGAGUUAUCUGGAGCGACUAUUAAGCCUAAAGGUUCGGAUUUAAACCUCUCUAUAUCCCUCUCCUCGAACGCAAGAAAUUCUCAAAGCCUAGUAGGUACUACUGAUCUCAACGGGGAUGACAAUAACGAGGAUGACGGGGAUGCGGCGUUAUCCCCCGCUACACCCACUUUCACCUCGACAGGUCUGAAAACGAUUCGCCCUGCUCGAAGCCCUCGCCACGUGGCACAUCCGGACCCAUCCGCUCCACACAACACUUUCUCUCAACCCAAUCUCACUUCCGCUCCCCCCAGCCACGCUUCCGCUUCCGCCAGCCAUGCAGCCCCCCCGAGCGCCCUCCGCGCAGCUCCUCCCGCGGCUCCCGCGACCUCUCCGCGCUCACCAUCAGCUCCCCCCAUCCCAGCAGCUCCUCGCGCACCCCGCGCGACCUCUCCGCGCUCGCCGCGCUGCUGGAGCCCCCCCGGGAGAUGCGCCACAGCAGCAGCUUCCGCAGCAGCAGCACCAGCGGAGGCGGAACCGGCGGAAGCGCUGGCGGAAUGCGGAGCGGUAGCUUCAGAGCGAGUACACUCCGCAGUAACAGCAGCAGCGGUGGCGGUGGCGGUGGUUUUGGCAGUGGGAGUGUCGGGGGAGGGGUAGGGAGUAUUGGAGGGAGGUCGUUUCGAAAAGCCCUGUCUUCAAGUGCGAAAGUUCUGGACGCGGUUUCUGCUGCUGGCGAAGGAAUUGGCGAAGGGGCUGGCGAAGGCGGCGCUGGUGGUAACCUUAGGGUUUCAAGGCCGGCUACAGCGUAUAGUAGGUCUCCCACGCGGCGUAGGCUUGCUAGCUCGCAUGCAUCCCGGUCUAGAAGACACCUGCUGCCACCGGUAGCAGCAGGAGGAGGAGCAGGAGCAGGAGGAGCAGGAGGAGCAAGAAGAGCAGGAGCAGCAGAAACUGGUUUGGAAAACGGUUCUGAUGACAUGGCGGAUAGUGUGUUUCCUGAAGCCGACUUGCUGGUUCUAGACGACCUAGAGGGUUUGGGGGAGGGGGAUGAGGAGGAGGAAGAAAGGGAGGAGGGAGAGGAGGGGGAAGGGGUAACUGGUGAGGGUGGGGAGGUGGGAAGAGUGUAUCCAGAAGGGAGUUAUGAGGCGCAAGCUGCUGCUGCGGCUGCGGCAGUGGCUGCAGCCUCUGCAGCGCUAGCAGCGAAAUCGCCCCGGUUUGUGAAGUCCCCUCCUCGCUCGUUCAGCUCCCAUCACUCGUUUAAGACUGCACACACCCCCAAAUCCCCACGAAACAUGCGCUCCCCUCGGCUCUCUGCCUCUUCCUCCUUCUCCCACUCUUCCCUCCCCUCCUCUUCCCUCCCCUCCUCCUCUCUCCAUUCCUCCUCCUCUGUACGCUCCUCUACUCCCCGAGCCUACCCCUCUCGCACGCCAAGGUCGCUCCGAACCUCCGCCAGCACCAGGUUCGGCCAAGCUGACAGGGAUGGUACUGCUGCUGAAAUUAACGGUGGAGAUGGAUUCAAUGGUGCUGGAUUCAACGGUGCCGAUGACAUUGAUGAUCUUGUUCCUGACUCACCUGCCUCCCCAGGGUCAUCUGCCCACCGGAGACCAAAAUCUCCCCUCAAGCGUGACUAUAGCCGCAAUGACAGUAACGAGCUUGCUGCACGUGACUAUAACGAGGGGAGGAAGCUAACUGCAUUGCAGGAAGGAGAGACAGAGGCAGCGGCGAUGCCUCCUGGUUCUCCGGCGUUUCUGCCCGAAAAUGUGGGUUUUGAGAGGCCGGUCAGCCCGUUGAGAAGUCCUUCUGCCCGGUUGAAAAUCCGCGAAGGGGUCACUGCAGGGCUUAUGAACCGACUCAUGCUCGCAAAUCCCUUGGCUGCUGAGAGCGCAAGGGAAACCGCAGGAAGAGCAGAAAACGGAAGCGAUGGAGGUGCAGUGGAAACAAUGGCAGCCAGAGCAGCACGGGGAGGAAAGGAAGCCGAGAUAACGAGAGGCCCAGCAGCGGGAGCAGUAGUGGCAGCCGGAGCAAUGGCAGCGGGAGCAAUGGCAGCCGGAGCAGGGGCGGAAGCAAAAGAAGCAGAAGAAACAGAAGGCCUCACUGCGGAGUCAAGUGAAGUGGGACGAGGAGACGUGAGUAGCAGAGGAGCUCAAGAGACAGCAGGAGUGCUGGAAGACGUGACAAGGACAGAUAUAGCAGCUCCUGGACAGCACAGUCAGCAGCACGGGCAGCAAAACGGGCAGCAGAACGGGCAGCAGCCCGGUAGGGAGUCAAGUCAGCAAGCAGGGGAAGGGCCACAGGCAGGGGGGAGCCAAGGAGCAGAUGUACAGCAGAUGUACCGUGCAGGAGAGCGUCCAGUCAAGCAGGCCAUAUCCAUUGAGAUCCCAACCAGUCCUGUAGCCUUGCCUCGGGCAGGUUCCGAACCUCACGCCCCUGCCGAAGCUGGUGCCGAAGCUGGGUACAUUCGGCUAGCCACCGAAGCUCCGCGCCGAAGCAGCUUUGACCUGGCUUCUCCUCUGGCGCAAGCCGUUUUGCCUCGGGAUGUUUCUAUAUUCCUGGGAGAGGGUGAGAAAAAGAGUGAGGGAGUGAGUGAGGGAGCGAGUGAGGGAGUGGGUGAUGGUGCGAGGGGUGGUGGGGGAGGAGGAGAGCAGGGAAAAGAGGCCGGGGAAACAGGGAGGGGCGAGAAUGGAGAUGCUGCGGCUGCUGCUGCUGUUGCAACUGAUAGUUGUCCUGCUACCGGUAUCCCUCCAAAACCAAAGAAAAGAGGCGAAAAAGGAGAGGGGAAGCUGAGAGAGAAGAAGGAGAGCAGCAAAGGCAGCAGCAGCAGACAUAGCAGCAAAACACGCAGCAGAGCGAGCAGCAGAGGCAGCAGCAGGGGGGGUGAGGAAGAGGUGAGGGAGUCAGAGGCAGUCUCACGGUCUGUUACUGGAGACAGUAUGGCUAGUGGGAAUGCUUCUGAGUCGACUCAAAAGCAGUCGGUGUCCCGAUCGGUUACUGAAGAUAGUAUGGCUAGUGGGAAUGCAGAGAGAGGAGUGGAUGAGAAGGAUGGGGGUAAGAAGCACAGAAGCAGUAGUAGCAGGCACAAGGAAGUAAGCAAAAGCAAGGGUGAGAGUAAGGAAAAGGAAGGUGGUAGAAGCAAGGGUGGCAGCAGCAGCACCAGCAAGUCUAAGAGUGGUGACAGGGAGCAGGCACGAGGCAGGGACGGGGAAGAGGAGAAAGAGAGGGAGAGAGUGAGGAGUAAGGACAGGCAUAAGGAGAAGGAGAAGGAUAAGGAAGAGGAGGGGGAUGGGGAGGCGGGGAGCCGGAGUAAGGAUGAGGCAAAGAAGCGUUCGUCUCGCACAAGCAAGAGUGGGUCGACUGGAGAGAGAAGAAGGGAGCGAGAAAAAAGCAGGAAGGAAAGCAGUAAGGAAAGCAGCAAGAGGAGCAGUAGAACAAGCAGGGACAAGGAAAAGAGAGCGAAAGAGGGCAGGGAUCUUCAGGGGGCUGACAGCGUGGCUUCUGAAAGCGUGGCUUCUGAGAGUGUAGGAGGGUCGGGGAGGCGACGGGAAGUGGAGAGUAGUAAUGAAGGCACGGAGAGGAGUUGCAGCAUAGGCGAGGAUGGGUUCCACCCGGGGUUCUGGGAGGCGAUCUCUGCUGGUGGUGGUGGCACGGGUGCCGAUGGUGCUGGUGAUGAUGGCACUGCUGCUGCUGGUGCUGCUGAGGGGGAGGCAUUUGCCCGCAUGCCCCCCAAGACCCCCAAGGCCCCGGGUCAUGGGCUCAUGAGCCGCAAUAUGAGCCGGGAUACCCUCUCUCGACCGGGGACUACCUCAUCCCGACCCGCCACCUCCCUCUCCUCCCGCCCGGGCACGUCCUCUCGCAAGUCCGGGACCUCUGGUUUGAAUUUUGUUGACUGCGAGUUUGAUAAAAUUGUUGAGGAGUUUUCCCGGCCCAAAUCGGCGCAUCCGAAGGGGUUGCCAGUGGGGCGACGAGCGGGGGAGGGGAGAAAAGGGGGGAGAGGGGAGGACGAGGGGGAGGGGGAUGAGGCGAUGGAGGCGAAGGAGGGUGAGGAGGAAGAGGGGGAAGAGGAUGGGGGAGCGCUUUACGGAAAAGAGCCGGUUCUGAGAGGUGAUGGGAAGGGGGAGGGGAGGGGGGAUUGGAAAGCAGCAGGAGGGGCAGCUGGGCGCGCGGCAACAGCAAUGGCAGCAGCGUUUAGAGAGACGUCUCAAAAGGCUGUAGCAUCAGCGGCUGUAGCGUCGGCUGCUGCAGCAGCUGUAGCGUCAGCUUCGUUUGUGCCGCCCCCUUCCCCCCGCGUGCUUCUAUCGAGAGUUGAAAAGCUGUGGAAGAGCUCAGGCAAAAGGGGGCAGGGGAAAGGAGGAGGAGGGGGUGAUUCAGCGGAUGUGCUUGUGAUUUCACAUGGGGGGGAAGAAGACGAGACGGAUCCAGUGGAAAUGCUGAGGAGAGUGGAGGAGGAGCAAAAGAAGAGGGGAAUUGUAGGUGCGCAGGGGUGGGGGGCGAUUGGGCAUCUAAAUGCCGAUGAUAGAAGGAUGUUUUGGAGGCCUUCGUUACCACGGUUGGAGGAAACGGAGAUGGAGGAGGAGAUAGUGUCGGAUUCAGAUAAGACGCCUAAAGGGCGUAGGUCUAAGUCAUCUUUGGUGUAGAUACGAGGUAUUCAUAUAUCCGUUCCUUGACGAUUUGUUUUUUAGGUAUUUGUCUUUGUUGCGUGGCCGAUUCAAUCUAUACUGUUAUGCUAUG